AUGCAAAGGGGAGCGUGUUUUGCUGCGGUGCGUCAGCAGGCCCCUUUUACAGCGCCCAGGAUGCCGGGGAGAGCAGCGCUGCUUGUGCUGGCCCUUGGACUAGCUGCGACUGCACAAAAGCCCACGCUGACCCUUGACCCUCCGUGGAGCACAGUGUUUAGGGGGGAGAGCGUUACUCUAAUGUGCAGCACAUCCCACCCUCCUGGACGGAGUUUCACAUGGUAUCACAACGACAAGUUCUUCAGAUCCACAAAAGAAAACAGUCUCAGAAUUGAAAACAUAAAGAUGAGUGCUCCAUGUAGAUACCAGUGCGAGGCUCCUGGCUCCGGGCGAAGCGACCCCGUUCAGCUGACCAUUUCUAAUGAUUGGCUAAUUCUCCAGGCCCCUUACUAUGCCGUGUUCGAAGGGGACCCGCUGCGCCUGAGGUGCUACGGAUGGGAGGGAGCAGAGGUGUCUGGGAUAAGAUAUUACAGAGAUGGAGCAGAAGUUGUACCAUUCCGUGUGAACUCAGAGCUGUUCAUCAAACAAGCAAGGACACGUGACAGUGGCAAAUAUCAAUGCACAGGAUCAAUGAAAACAACAAUCUGGAUUAGUAAAGAAAUUUCUCCUAUAGUGUCUAUUUCUGUCCAAGAGUUGUUUUCGUCUCCGGUGCUGAGGGCAGCACACUCAGGUGACCCCAUAGAAGGAAGCCCGGUGACUCUGAGUUGUGUCACACAGCUCAACCCCCAGAAAUCGGACGCAUUGCUUCAGAGAUUCUUCUACAAAGACCGCAGGGCCUUGGGAGAAGCUUGGAGCUCCCCUGACUACCACAUCCCAGUGUCAGGGCUACAAGACUCAGGAUCUUACCAUUGUGAGGUGCAGUUUUCAAGUGUAUGGAAACAGAGUCCCGAGUUAAAGAUUGCUGUUAAACGAAUCCCGGUGUCCCGAGUCUCCCUGGAGGUCCAGCCCCUCAGGGGGCAGGUGACGGAAGGGGAGCGGCUGGUGCUGAACUGCUCUGUGACUAUGGGCACGGGGCCAAUCACCUUCUCCUGGCACCGAGAGGACUCCAAUCAGGCUCUGAGAACAGAGACUCGGAGCUCUCAGAGGAUGGUCUAUGAGAUCUCCGCGGCCACGGAGACCGACACAGGGGAGUAUUACUGCAUGGCCUCCAACGGCAACACCCCAGCACCGAGCCCAAGGGUGAAAGUUGCCGUGAAGGUUCCAGUGUCCCCGCCUCGCCUGACCGUCAGCGCGGCCGGCACCUGGGCCACCAUCGGAGACGUCGUGGAGAUCCGGUGCGAGUCGCCCCGCGGCUCAGCCCCCAUCCUCUAUCGGUUUCAUCACGAGGGGGCUGCUCUGGGGAACAGGACGGUCAGUUCCCGAGGGCCAGGAUCCCUCGCCCUGAAUGUGACAUCUGAGCGGGAUUCUGGGACCUACUCCUGCGAGGCUGAUAAUGGCAUGGCCAGCGGCCCGCAGCACAGCGACCCCUUCCACCUCUCUGUGCUCGUGCCUGUGUCCGGGGCCACCAUUGCCGCAGAUCGCAUGGGGCCAGAGGUCAUGGCUGGAGAAAGCCUGAAUCUCAGCUGCUCGGUGGAGUCCGGCACCGCCCCCCUGUUCAAGUGGCUUCACAACGCCCAGGAGCUGGCUGCAAUCUCGGGGCUCGGCCCGCCCACGGCUGUGGGGAACACGCUGUAUUUCGGGUCUGUGCAGCUGGGCCAUGGAGGGAAUUACCAGUGCAUUGCCAGCAACCAGCUCAGCCCCCAGAGAGUCUUCCAGGCCCCCAGUGAGAUCCUGGCCAUCGCCGUGAUAGAGCACGCGAGCUCCCUGGUUGUGCCUGUGACUGUCUCCUUCCUGUUCCUGUUCCUGAUGGGUGUCACUGCUGCUCUGGUGUUCUACUUCAAGUGCUGGAAGAAAGCAGAAGGAAUGGUUUUCAAUGCCCAGGGGAGGGACACGCGGCUCCCAGCCCAGCACGAACCCCCUGACCAGAGGCUGCCUCCACCGGGGAGCUUGGGCCCCCAUGCUGAGGAGCCAUCUUACGGCAAUGUGUGUCCCCUGGAGCCGGAGAGUGGAGACGUGGAGUAUACAGUUGUCAACAUCAAGAAAAGAAGUGGGGAUAAACCCAAGGGAACUCUGCCAAGGGACAACGAGGAAUACUAUGUCAGCUACUCUGUGUUUCCGGACCCCAAGCCCACCUGGGAGUCAGCCGCAGGAGCGAGGGCUCCAGAAGGGAAAUCCCUACCGGACAGUGACAUUUAUGAAAACGUUCCCCACCUGUGACCUGCGAGUGACCCCAGCCCAUCCCCUGGCCCAGCCUGGGGGAGUCUGACAGCCUCAUUAACACUUCACUCCCCUGCUUGGCAUGUAGGGCAUGGAACGCAGCACAUGCAGGCUGGGGCCAUGGGGGCCUUGUCCCUGGCUGGUGCCCUCUGCAUUGGGACUGACAAGCCAGAGCAAAGAUGGAGGCAAAUGCUCUGGGUCUGCACAGCUGCUGCUGCCUAGUGAGGCAUCGUGAGCAGGUGAUUUGCUGAGGGGCCCGGGCAGCAGUCCUGAUCUCUGUUAAUCCCUGUGAUGGGUCUGUGCCUCUCAGGUAUCCAUCCCAGGGGGUUGCCGGCUUGGCUGUUGUGCAUGGAGGAUCUGGCCCAGUGGGA